CCUCAGGCCGCAAGGUGUGGAGGACUGUUGUAAUAGGUGCGAACGAAGGCCUUCGUCUCCGCAGCGCAAAAUACAGAGCCGGACAUCCUGUAUCAACGACGCGGCCAAAGGACCCCACUACAGUCCUUCGCGAUCUUCAUGGAGCUUUCCAGCCGUAUACUCGAGCAAGUGCUUGAACCAAGCUUCAUAUUCAAGAGCAGGGAGGAAUUCCUACGACAACAUAGCGAUACAGCUGGCAGCGUGCCAUGGGCGGAUUCGCAGCUAAAUCCAAGGAAUCGAAUCGAGACGCUGAACACCCGGCCAGGCUGCGUCUGGCGCAUCGAUGGUGCUACGCGCUAUGGAACCCAGUUCUUCACUGUUCCGGCGACAAACUCGGUCCCUCUUCGCAUUGACACUUAUAUUCGGGACCAAAAGGACGUACCGAUAGCGCUCAGACACGUGCUCGACUGCGGACGCUCCGUUGUAGCGAGAAGUUCGCGUGUGCGACAGCUUGCAAUCGCGCGUCAUAUCUGCAACGCCUUAGAUCGGCGCUCGAGAAUCGAGGAAGCUUUCAUGGAGCGCCUGAAGGAGUUGCCAUUCGGUUCCAAACUCGUGUGUCACAACGUGGUCGCGGAUGUGACUAGAAUGUCGCUGCAAAUCGUGCCAGCAUACGACUUGGAGAGAAGAAUGCUUUCGAUCCAAAAAUUACGGCAACUUUGGGGUGACGAUGUUGCCGAAGAGACAUGGCCGGAGAUUAUAAGUUUGGAGGAGCUGAGCAUGAAACAACAGCUCCAUGACACCAUUUCGGUCGUAACAAUUAACGGCCGACCGGGGAAGUACAUCUUCAAGUCCACGACGAACGAACCAGCUGUAUUGUACCACGAACUCAAGAUCUUGCUGACGAUGCCUCCUCAUCCUAAUAUCAUCAAGCGGCCGAUCAAUCUGGUUACCAAGGCAUGCUGCUUCGGCGGAAAACGAGGAGUAUGUGGAAUGAUUUUGGAGUACAUCACUGGAGGUGCUCUGCGGGAUGUGUUGCCUGAAAGAGCGCUUUCGGGGACGCUGACGCUCCGGUGUAAGGUGAAAUGGAGUCGCGAAGUUGUGAUAGCUUUGAUCCAUUUCCGCGAAAGUACCAAGAGCUUCUAUUCGGACCUACGACCCGAUAAUGUUCUUUUAUCAGGGCCGUCGGCAGAUGUAGCGAAGGGGACAUACCCUCCUUUCCCAAACGUGGUACUCGUGGACUUCGAACAGCGCGGCAACUGGCCUUCCUGGACGCCUCCUGAACUCCGGUGUUUUCGGUACCUUAAGGACCUAGCGGAUGAUCCACGCACAACAGCCGACCAAGGACCAUGGCGUUGUUUCGUGGAGGACUAUCCUUCGGUUGACCAUGGCCAUCAUGACGCCGCUUGGUCUUAUCUUUCGUUCGAAGCCCAAGAGAAAGCAAUGUCGUAUUCUCUCGGCCUGUUAAUGUACUGUAUUUUUGAGGGUUUAAGCAAUUCGAGGCAAAAUCUCGCCACGGGUUUUGACUGGGAACCGGGUCUGGAGUUCCCUGAAUUCAAGGCAACUCCCGCCGCCAUAAGACAGCUUAUCAGCCGUUGUGUAGGGAACGAAUCCUUUUCGGACCCGACGUUACGUCCAUGUACAGAUGGCGAGGCGGGCUUAUGCGAUCAGGCACUGAGGACGCAGCAGCGCUUGAAAAGAGAGGGGGGCAGGCUAAUAGUUGGACUCUGCACGAGACAUGGCUCAACUAGAGAUUGCGGAAAAGACUGCAUAUAUGAGGCCGGCAUAAACCACUGGAAAGGGACUCUGAAAGAGCUAGAGAACUUCCUUGCAACAAGAAGGUACCAGACUAUUGGAAAAACUCGGCCAACCUUCAAGGAAAUAUUAGCAGUUCUAGAACAAAUAGGCUCAUAAAUGGCCUAGCGUCCAUGAAAACUACACCUGCGAGCG